AUGGCUGUCAAGGCAGUAGAGCUUGCGGAGAAGUUGUUUAUGUUCCAUGACAUACCAGCGGCAAGAAGGUUAUGUGUCAAGGCCUUGCAACUCGACCCCGGCCUAGAGCGUGGCAAGCAGAUGCUAGCGGUGGUGGAAGUCCACGCUGCCGCCGAGGCUCGUCACCAUUCUCUUCUCUUGGCCCAGGUCGGGAUUGGUGAUCACGACUGGUACGCGAUCUUGCGACUGGAUCCCCGCGCCGACGAUGCCACCAUACGGACGCAGUACAAGAAGAUGGCACUGGUGCUCCACCCGGACAAGAACAGGAUGAACGGAGCGGAGGAGGCUUUCAAGCUCGUCAACGAGGCCUGGACGCUUCUCUCGGACAAGAACAAGAAGAUGAUCUAUGACAGCAUCAGGAGCUCACUCCCUUUUACUUCUAGCGGACGCUCGAGAACACUAUCCUGCUCUGUUUCCGCUGCCAGUGGACGUUUCUCGGGGUGGAUCUUUACCACCUUCCAUGGGCUUCCAGAGCAGGAAGAGGAAGGAGGUGGCGGCGGAGUGGUGGGCAGAAACGAUGAGGAGAUGGAGAGAGAGGAAGAGAAGCCAGGAGGAGUUGGGAGGAAAGAAGCCAGGGUUGAGGAAGUGAGAAGAAAUAUGGAAAAGAGAGAAGCCAGGAUUAAGCAAGAUAGGGGGGAGAAAGAAGGAGAGAACCCAGGAUUAAGCAAGAGGAAGGAACCGAGGAAAACCAGGAGAAAUCAAGAGGAGGAAAGGCAAGGAUUUAAGCAUGAGAAGAAGCAAAGGCCAAGUCUAUGGAAAGCUGUAUCUAAGCUUGGUGGCGGUGAUCGUGGUGCUGCUAGGCAGCGGCUUGCUAGCGUUCAUUCUAUAGCAAAAGGUAGUGUGCAUAUAAGCUUUGGUUACAUUCUAUUAUUGCAUGGUUACAAGAAAAAAUGA